AUGGCUCUGUCAUUGGGGGGCAAAUUAUCCAUGGCGACUAAUAGGAUUGAGAGGUUGAAAUCACCCUCAUCUUCAUCAACGUGCUCGAUGGACGAGGUUCUCAUUACUUCAAGUAACAACAGCAGUUCCAUAUGUUUGGACAAUUUACACCAGUUUCCUCGGGAAGGCAUCUCUGGUCAAAUAAGUGUUUUCAAAGAGACUGCUUCUUCGCCUGCUGCUCUUUUUCUUAAGCAAGACCUUUACGAGUAUAUAGAUCCCCUUCCUGCUUAUCCGCCGAGCUAUGAUUCGGUAAAUCCUAACAAAGAAGUCCGCUUUGCAACAUUUGGCGACGCUGCUCCAUGUCUCAAGACUUCUUUACCCCCUUUAUAUGCGCCUGCGGUAUAUGACUUGUCUUUGAUUUCCUUGAAAUCGGAAAGACUAUCUCCUUAUGAAGUUUCCAGUAACAGGAACUGGAAAAACUUCAUUAUUGAGAUUAAUUCGACCCAGCUAAAUUUUUAUCACCUUGAUGAAUCUUUGACUAAACAUAUUAGGAAUUAUUCAAGUGGGGAAUCGAAAACUGAAAAAGAGGAUAGAAAUCACAGCGACUCGUCACACCGCAACGAUCAAUCACAGCAUUUGCAUCACCGAUUAUUUACUUUGCCGACAAGAUCUGCUUCUGAAUUCAAGAAAUCAGACGAAGAACGUAUUUCUUAUAGACUUAAACGUGACCGGUCUCGAUACUUGACCGAUGAGGCUCUUUAUAAAUCGUUCACUUUACAGGGUGCAAGAUUUGGCAUACCAACAGAUUAUACCAAGAAAAGUUUCGUAUUAAGAAUGUCUUGUGAAAGCGAACAGUUUUUACUGAAGUUUUCUCAUGUAGAUGACAUGAUUAACUGGUCUAUGUACUUUUCUCUCGGUAUAUCGGUAUCAUUAGAUCUAGAAAUUAGGGAAUAUCCAGAUUAUAGAAUCGUUCCCAGGAGAAGGAGAAGGAGAAGGAGGAGAAGAAGAAGGCACACUAAUAGAAGUGAAAGUUCAAUGGGGUCCUUUUCACAAAGAUUCAUUCGUUCUAACUUCAGACCAGAUUUAGUUCAAAGAUAUAGUACCGGAUCCAGCACCAAUAACGGAACUAACGUCAGAGAGCGUUCUAAUACUUUCACGUCCGGUUUGUUAGAUCAUUACCGCACGGCUUUGUCACCAGCCGCGGCUGAUGCACUAGUUCCCUCUGCUGCAUCUACAGAAGUUGAUGAUAAUAUUUCCGUUGAAUCAGCAAAAUCUUCACCUGGAUGCUCAGUUUCCCGUUCGAUUGCAUCUAGAAGUUUGAAGUUUAAAAUUAAGAACUUUUUUAGACCCAAAAAUUCUUCACAAACAGAGAAUCUCCGCAGACUCAGGUCAAACUCAAGCAAUUUAAACAGCCUUAUUGAAACGGAAGAAGAAGAUGAACAACACGAACUGAGUGGAGAGAGUAUUCCGGUGAAUGCUACCACCAAAGUGGAGGGCCCGCCAUACAGGAAUAAAGCCGUUCCGCUACCUCAGAGACAACUAUUGAGACGCGAAAUUAGUGAGGAAGUUGUCCCUAUUAGGUUUCCAAGUGAUGUUGAGGAGAAACCAGUUUCUUCGAUUUCUAUAUUGAUUAAUACCGUAUCUUCCAAUAAGCGGUCACCUGUCGAUGGCUGCGAUAUCAUGCUGCGAUCACAAAAUGCAGUUAUGAAAGAGGAGUUACGGCAUGUUGCUUCAAAUUUAGUAACCAAUGGAAAGAAUGAGCUUCCAGUUAGAGAUUCUUCUCAAAGUUCCUUUAUGUAUAUGUCAGAAAUAAACUCUAUUGGAGAGUCCGCUACGGAUUUGUCUCAAAGGAGUAGGCCAGUUUCUUUCGCAGCAAACUGCUCCCAGGUAAAUUGCGAUGAAAGCGCUACUGAGACUGAUGAGGACGAAGGUGAUAAUGAUACUGACGAUGAUGGUGAUAGUGGUCACGUUUACGGUAGUGAAGGUGACUAUUCGAGCCUCAUGGAACAAAGGAUGAGAAGUAGAAGACGGGCGUCUUCUACUUUAAGCUGCGUAUCAAAUAUUCCUUAUGGAUCGGAUGAUGUGAAAUGGAAACCAUCUGUUAAAGAAGUUUCAAGAAGGCGUUACUUGAGAGAUUCCUUGAAGUGCAUUAAACCAUUUCUAGAUAACAAUGACUGUUUGGGCAAAGUUAUUUAUAUCCCGGUUUCCAGUCCUGCACUUGAGACCAGUAAUAAAGUUCAUGCUAACCAAAACCGGAGUCUGCAAAAAUUAAGAAAUCAUUUUUUGAAAGGCUUCAUUGUUGGGCCUACAGCGUUGAUAGAGUUUAACUGUAAAAACAAGAGCGCAAUUGCUGGAAUGGCGAAAGAUAUAGAAGAUCACGUUGAGGAAGAUGGUGGGGAGGAUGAUGAUGGUGAAGACGAUGACGACGACGACGACGAUGACGAGGGCGACGAAGACGACGAUGAUGACCAUGACGAUGAUGAUGACGAUGAUGAUGAUGAUGAUGAUGAUGAUGACGAAGGUGAUGAGGAGGGCAUUACUGCACGACCUGUGAUGUAG